CUAACGCAUUCAUUCAACCUUAUUUCGAAAAUUCAGAAAACUUUGGAAUAUUUUUCCUAUCUUCUUGAACAGGCGAACUGACGUAAGGCCGUCGUCAGUUGGUGACGCUGCAUCUCUUUGUUGGCUUAGUAGCGGCUACGUUUUGUUGUUAUUUUCGCUGCAGCUGAAAAACAGGCUCGGGUAAUUUUGGCUCUCGUAUUGUUUCGCAAGUAACACCUCACACUUUAAACCUUUAGGUGUGCUCGCCACAAGCUGAUAACCACUCUAGGAAUGGACUCAGACGAGGGUUAUAACUAUGAAUUUGACGACGAAGACGAAUGUAGCGAGGACAGCGGCGAAGAGGAGCCCGACGACACCCUGGAGAUCGGAGAUGUGGAGUUGGUCGAUCCCGUGGUAGCCGGUGGGGAAAGAGACGAGGGCGGCGAGACUGGUGUUGGGGGCCAUGGCCCUGGUGAAGAAGAAGAGGAGGACUACCGUUUCGAAGUUUUAACUGCCGAACAGAUCCUCCAGCAUAUGGUGGAGUGUAUCAGGGAGGUCAACGAGGUCAUCCAGAAUCCUGCAACAAUAACUCGCAUCCUUCUCAGUCACUUCAACUGGGACAAAGAAAAGCUUAUGGAAAGAUAUUUUGAUGGAAAUCUGGACAAGCUUUUUUCUGAGUGUCAUGUCAUCAAUCCAAGUAAGAAGCCUCGGACCCGUCCUCAAAUCAACACCAGAUCAUCUGCACAGGACAUGCCAUGUCAGAUUUGCUAUCUGAAUUUCCCUAACUCUUACUUUACUGGCCUGGAGUGUGGACACAAGUUCUGCAUGCAGUGCUGGGGAGAUUACUUGACUACCAAAAUCAUAGAGGAAGGAAUGGGACAGACCAUUUCUUGCCCUGCUCAUAGUUGUGACAUUUUGGUUGAUGACAACACAGUCAUGCGCCUCAUCACAGAUUCAAAAGUGAAGUUAAAGUACCAGCAUUUAAUAACCAAUAGUUUUGUAGAGUGUAAUCGACUAUUAAAGUGGUGUCCUGCACCAGACUGCCAUCAUGUUGUAAAAGUCCAGUACCCAGACGCCAAGCCAGUGAGGUGCAAGUGUGGCCGUCAAUUCUGCUUCAACUGUGGAGAGAAUUGGCAUGAUCCUGUGAAGUGCAAGUGGCUGAGAAAAUGGAUUAAGAAAUGUGAUGAUGACAGUGAAACUUCUAACUGGAUUGCAGCAAAUACCAAGGAGUGUCCGAAAUGCCAUGUGACCAUUGAGAAAGAUGGCGGCUGCAAUCACAUGGUCUGUCGGAACCAGAACUGCAAAGCUGAAUUCUGCUGGGUCUGUCUGGGACCAUGGGAACCUCAUGGCUCAGCCUGGUACAACUGUAAUCGCUACAAUGAGGAUGAUGCCAAGGCAGCCAGAGAUGCUCAAGAGCGCUCUAGGGCAGCCUUGCAGAGGUACCUGUUCUACUGCAACCGCUACAUGAACCACAUGCAGAGUCUGCGCUUUGAGCACAAGCUCUACGCUCAGGUUAAACAGAAGAUGGAGGAGAUGCAGCAGCACAACAUGUCCUGGAUUGAGGUGCAGUUCCUGAAGAAGGCUGUAGAUGUGCUGUGCCAGUGCCGCUCGACGCUCAUGUUCACUUACGUCUUUGCCUUCUACCUCAAGAAGAACAACCAGUCCAUUAUUUUUGAGAACAACCAGGCAGACUUGGAAAAUGCCACUGAGGUGCUGUCUGGCUACCUAGAGCGGGACAUCUCCCAGGAUUCCUUGCAGGAUAUCAAGCAGAAAGUGCAAGAUAAGUACAGAUACUGUGAGAGCAGGCGAAGAGUGCUGCUACAGCACGUGCAUGAAGGCUAUGAGAAGGACCUGUGGGAGUACAUUGAGGAUUGAGGACACGUCCCAAUGCAACGGACUAUUGAGUAUCUUGACAAACUAGAGCGCUGAUGCAAUUUAACAGGGCAGCACGGGCCUUCUGCCGCCUCUCCUUUGGCAAACCAACCACUUUUGCAUCAUUUUUUUUUCCUGGAUUUGUUUAACAAAAUCUUCAAAGUAAAUUAUAUUUAAAUAAAAUGUAGAGUAAUAAAAACAGUGUACUACAGUAUUGUUAGCAACAGAGUGGAGUCUUGAGAAAGCAGAAAAAUCCAUCUUAAACAAUUACAUCCUUUGGCCUGUAUUGUAAUCUUCCCCUAAAAUAUCUUUUUUCAUUUUUUUUGCUUGUGAAUCUUUUCUGUUUUGAUUUUUGACUUUUGUUUUUCCAUUAGUGUGAAAACGUUUCAACACAGCUUUAAUUGUCCUGGCCAUGUCUGCAAUAUGUGGUGAGAUCCUUGUCUGAAUUGCUGAAUAUGGAUGGGCUGAUUGCAAAGAGCAGACAUUUGAGGGGUAGAGGAGAGAAACGAACAAAACACAGCAAGUCUGUAUUUUUCAAUUUGUAAAUAGUCCAUUUGCAUGGAAGUUAAAGAGCAAGAGUGGCACGUGUUUGCAUAAUUUUGAGAUAUUUAUUCUUUACCAAUAUGAAAAAAGGUGUACUUCUGCCUUGUUGGUCGAGUGUGUGAAGUCCUUCCACAAACUGUCAGAGUUUGGAAGUGUUGGCAAUAAGGCUUUCUUCCUACCAUAUUUGGUCGGUUCAGAUCAGAGCACAAGUUACACCUUCAGAAGCUCCAAAUGCAGACUUGAAGAAUUUGUUUUAGUUGUCAAGCGAUCAGAAAAAGGACUCUGUCAAGUACACGAUCAGUCUAGAAAAAACAAUAUCAGUUAGUUCUACAGGUCAGAGGAAGGGUAGAACGCACCGGCCAUGUCCCUCUAUGCUAACCUUUUGCCGAACCCUCUUAGUUUAACACUUACCUAUUUUUUUGCAAGAGCCAUACUGAGUGACAUUCACUCUUUUUUGUUUUUCUGACAUGGCUUGAGGAAGCCCUCUUAAAACUCGGCUUGCACCUUGUGGAUUGAAAGAGGGGAUGGAAUGUACUGACACCGCAUCUGUAGUGCCGCUAAUUUGGCUUGAUCACUGUGGAAGAGGGUUAGGCAUUUGUAUCGCUCUUGGGGGAAUAUUUGGGCAGCCUGAGACCGAUGGUGGCUGCGCCUCUUUGAAGAGAUGUCUUGCCAUCCAGUGAGACUUAACAUUGCUUUAAACCCAACUGCACGGAUGGACUUUAGUGAUCCUAAACAGAGGAGAAAUAAAGGGCAAACUUUAAGGGUUGUUGGGGUGUUUUGUAAUGCUGUUAUGCUUUUGCAUAAGAGGCAGUGUUUUUCGUACAUGGGCUGAGGCUUGAACAUUGAAAUAUUAGUGCCCCUCCAGGUUUGCGUUGUUCUUUCUGGUGGUUGCUCUGGUUGUCAAACUCUCUGCUUGUAAAUGCUCAUUCAUGUCUUUGCAGUUGGGCAGUCUUCCUUAGAUUGACUGGGGGGUACAUGAUUACAACAGGCACUGAUGCAAGUUAGAAAGAUGACACCAAAGUGUCAGCCAUCGUUGAAAUACAUCCUUUGCCUAGUUUCAGAUCUUUGGGGAAUUCUUUCCCAAAUGCUUCUUAUGUGUUCCAACUUAUUAUUUUAUCCUAGCAAAUUAUAAACUGUAUUGUUUAUUUGAAUAAAUGUCAUGAGAAAUCUCUUUUUUGGGAGUACUGUGUGAGUCAUUAGAGCAGGUUUGGUCACAAGCAUAUUAAGUAGCCAAACAUCCCAUGAUGCAUUUCUGCGCUGUGUACCUUGCAAUGUAGGAUACUACAUACCAUGGCAGACUGGGGUCUUCCAGAAAAGCAUAGGAUUCAUUUGCAAACUUAACAGUUUUUUUAAGUAAAGAAAAUA